AUGGUCCAAAUUGACAAGGACCACUACAAACUUUUGUCUGUCCGCGAUCCAACAACUACGACGACCACCACCACACCUACGACUACAACAACACCGCCAACUACCACCACCACAUCAACAACGACGACUUCCGUAAAAACCACACAAACGACAACAACAACGACUGAAAAGCCUAAACCUCAGGAUUCUCUCUUUGGGCCUACAGUCAUUUUUAUUGGAAUUUUUGUUGGAAUUAUUGUUAUCAUCUCUUGUGGAGCUAUGGGCAUCUUUCUCUUCAUGAAGGUAGUUUGUGAUUACGGAGUGAUUGUAGAGUAUUUCUUUUUCUUUUCAGGCUAA